AUGGCCUACCAAGGCAUAGGAGGAGGCAACGGCCUCAGAUCUCCCCGCGAAGAAUCGUCGUUCCUUUCCCUGAAUCGUGCCGCUCAGAACGGCGAUGGCCGCGCGACCCUGCAGCGGCGCUUCACGACCAACAACAUUCCAACCAUGAGCACACCAUUGUCGCCAAUUGGACAACAACGCAGACAGGCGGCAGAGCCGGCCGAAUUUACUACAGCGCUCGAGAGGAAACGAAUCGAACACGAGUAUCUCAAAGAAGCGAAACGGCGCUUUGACGCUGAGAUGGAGCUUCUUAACUUGCAAGCCCAGCAUGGCGAGGCUGACAUCAACCGAUUCUCAACCGAUCACUACGGCGGACCUGCUCAUAGCCAGCCCACCACACCGCCUGAGUAUAACGAGAGCAAAGGUUUCCCGUCUGCGCUAUCGCGCCCGAACCGUUUCAGUAUGUCCAGUAUCAAUCCGGGUAUUACCACACGCGGUAGCCGCGCCAACUCUCAGGUUACUUCUCCUCCUGCCAACUUCCAGGGCAACGGCAAUUUGCCUUCGCACUCGAUGCCAGGAUCUCGUCGCAACUCUGAUGAGGACCACGACGAUUUCGAGAACGACGACUUCACUCCUCUGAGUCCGGCUGCCCGCAAAAACAACCGCAUGUCGAUGCCCGUUACCAGAAUGGAUUACGGCAACCGCAGCGGCCUUCCAGAUGUGACCUCUCUUCUGGGUCACAUUGACACAGCUGGUUUCUUGUUUGGUGAUGACUCAGCUGCUUCUCAAGAUCACAAGGCGUUCCUUCAAAUGGGCAACACAAAGGACGACUUUCCAGUCUUGGUCCGUCGCGACGGUGCUGGUAAUGGUACGAAACUCUCUGCAUCUUCUGCUGCACUUGAUUUGGCCCUCUCACAAUCCCCUGGCCCGGAUGCUCAAUCCACUGGUUGGAACGGAUUCCGUCACCGUCAGGCUCAACAGUCCCUUCCUGCUAACACUUUCCAUAAAGCCUCACAGAUGGACGAUUAUGAAUCUGGUCGUUCCAACGGCAAUGUCGAGAAUACGCCCAAGAACAACCGUCGCUCGGUUGAGUUCAACUUCAGCCCCAAGAACAACGAGUCUAAGCGCUCUAGCUACGGCGGCCCAACCAACGGCAUGCCCAAGUUGACCCAGUCCUACUCUACGAACGAUGUUCCAACCCUCAAGAAUGGAGGCAACGGUGCCAGUAGCAUCGGUUUCACGCACUCGCAGCAAUUCCACAACCACAACGCUAGUCUUGGUCGUAUUCCGUCGAAUGUUCUGUCCAACCGUAACAGCCGUGACCUGUCGCUCGGUAAUCGAGAGGCUGAGUAUCGAUCCCCACAGUCAGGGUUGCACGCGAGCGCUGCUCCUUUCGGCCCCGCAAUCACAUCAGCUGCUAACGGCAACGGCGGAGUCCCGUCGACAGUCGGUUCACCAGCUAUGUCACAGUACUCCAGUGUCUCAGCUGCCAAUCCAGGCUACUAUGGAUACGGUAUGAAUAUGCUCAACGGCGCUAUGAACGGUCUCAACCUCGGGGCUGGAGCUGGUUCCGGACCUCAGUUCGGUGGACCUCCUGCUUACGGUCCUAACGGGAUGUACGGUAGCGGACCGCCGCAGUACAACCCAUACGCUACCUAUGGACCAGGUGGCCGUGUACAGGACAGCCAGGCUCGCGUCAUUCAGAGCCGUCGACUGCAAAACGAUGCCAACAAGUACAUGAACUACGAUCUGAAGACCAUGCCCCGUCACGAGAUCUACAGCUUGUGUAAAGAUCAGCACGGCUGCCGGUUCCUGCAGAAGAAGCUUGAGGAGCGCAACGCGGAAAACAUUCAGAUCAUCUUCGACGAGACUGCCCCUCAUGUUGUUGAACUCAUGACCGACCCCUUCGGCAACUACCUCUGCCAGAAGUUGUUGGAAUACUGCAACGACGAGCAGCGCAAUACGCUUGUUCGCAAUGCCUCACCUGCUAUGGUUCAGAUUGCGUUCAACCAGCACGGCACUCGCGCCUUGCAGAAGAUGAUCGAGUUCAUCUCCACCGAUGAUCAGACCCAAAUGAUUAUCCGAGCAUUGUCAGGACAGGUUGUGGAUCUCAUCCAGGAUCUGAACGGCAACCACGUCAUCCAGAAGUGCUUGAACCACCUCAAGUCCGUGGAGGCUCAGUUCAUCUUCGAUGCUGUAGGCGAGAACUGCAUUACUGUCGGCACACACCGCCAUGGUUGCUGUGUUCUUCAGCGUUGCAUUGAUCACGCCGUUGGCUUCCAGAAGGUCGACCUCAUUCGCAAGAUCACUGCACACAGCUUCCACCUUGUGCAGGACCCAUUCGGCAACUAUGUUGUUCAGUACAUCCUUGAUCUCAACGACGCUGCCUUCACAACGCCCAUGUGUCAGGGCUUCCAGGGCAAGAUUUGCGAGCUGUCCAAGCAGAAGUUCAGUUCCAACGUCAUCGAGAAGUGCAUCCGCUGUGCUGAGCCACACGUCAAGGGCAUGAUGAUUGAAGAGUUGCUUGACGUCGAGCAGCUUGAGCAGCUCAUGCGCGACUCAUACGGCAACUAUGUUAUUCAGACUGCACUCGAGUUUGCUCCCGCCGAGCUAUGCGUGCACCUUAUUGAGGCUAUGCGUCCGAUACUGCCUUCAAUCCGCCAGACUCCGUAUGGUCGUCGUAUUAUGAGCAAGGUUGGAGAGCGUGAGAGCCGUCUUGCUGCAUACACCGGUCGUACUUCUUCCGGUCAGGCUUCCCCUGGUACUACUCAGGACUCCGAGGCUAGCGCAGUAUUCAGUCAGGCCCCACCCCAAUACCAGUCUGGUAAUGUUCCAGCUAGCUACCAAGGUCCCAACGGCUCUUCUGGCUUUCAGACACCAAUGUACACGGCAACCGCGUACGGUCCUAGUAUCAUUUCACCUCAACCCCACCGUCAGCCACACCGCUUGAGCAACCCACAACACAUGCACAACCCUAUGCAAGGCAACCGUCAGAACUAUCAGGGUUACCAGAACCAGCACCAGUACGGUGUUGCUCAAACCAAUGGUGGCAACGGCACCUGGUUCUAA